AUGAAUAAGGUGGAGAUUCAGAAGAUCUUGUCCAUAGGGGUGUCUCCGUCACGCAUCAUCUAUGCCCACCCUUGCAAGCAGUCCUCUUUGAUUCGAUUUUCUGCCAAUAGCAACGUCGAAAUGAUGACUUUUGACAAUGAAUCCGAACUGCAUAAAGUGAAAAGUCUCUUUCCAACUGCAAAAUUGGUUCUCCGUAUCCUUCCGCCAAGCAAAUGUAAAUGCCUUUGGGAUCUGAGCAUAAAGUCCGGUGUGAAGCCCGCCAAGGCCAUCCAUCUCCUGCGCGGUGCCAAAAGCAUUGAGUUGGACGUUAAAGGCGUCAGUUUUCACGUUGGAGGCGGUUGCCUGGAGCCAGAGGCCAUGGCAGCCACUUUCAAAGAGGCCCGUAUGGUGUUCGACCAGGGACGCGACCUCGGGUUCAACAUGAUGAUGCUCGACAUCGGUGGCGGCUUUCCUGGCCACGCAAGCGUGCCAGUCUCCUUUCAUUCUAUCGCCCAGGUGGUGAACAUGGCACUGGAAAAGUAUUUUCCGGCGGAGGAAGGCAUUGAGUUUAUUGCUGAACCAGGCACCUACAUGGUAGCGUCGGGUUUUACACUUGCGGUCAACAUCAUUUCUAAGCGUAUUGAGCAACGCGAUGGGGAGCUCACCGAUCAGCCAAACAUGUCUGACAAUCCCGUCGUGAUGUAUUACAUUAGCGACGGGGUCUACGGCUCAUUUAGCACCCUCCGGUAUGACCAUACUGCCGAGGACCAAUCAAGCCACUCAAUGUGA